CUUAAAAAAAAAAAAAAAGCGGUGUCUUUUUCCGUUCCAUCUUCUUCUUCCCGCAUUUUCCUUCGAUAUUUCCCUCUUUGCAGAAAGAGAGGGAGGGAGGGAGACCAUUUCCUUCCAUAUUACUUUUCAGAAGAAGAAGAUUGAGAGAUCCUAAAAUCUCCCCCCAAAAAUGGGAGAGACGAAGAGAAAACGUGGCCGUAAACCCAAAACCCCAACCCUCGAAAACCUAGAUUUCCCACCACCCACCACCUCCAACACAGCCGCCGCCGCCGCCGCCACCACGGCGACGGCGACGUUCGACAUCGAAGACGUAUUCUCCGUCAGCAACGUCGAAAUCGUUGACCCCAGUCCCCAGUUCCGCCGCCGCGGCCGCCCAAAGAAGCUCCCUAAAACCUCCGACAAGCCCGACAACAGACGAAUCCCUAGGCCGCUCGAGAACGGCGACUUCACGGCGCCGGCCAUGGAAAUCGCCGUCUCCACCGCCUCCGAGCCCGGCCUCGCGGCGAGGGUGGUUCCCGCCAUGGACGCCGUGGUGAAGGUGUUCUGCGUCCACACGGAGCCGAAUUUCUCUUUGCCAUGGCAGAGGAAGAGGCAGUACAGUUCGAGUAGCAGCGGGUUCGUGAUUGGUGGGAGGAGAGUGCUGACGAACGCGCACUCUGUGGAGCAUUACACGCAGGUCAAGCUCAAGAAGAGAGGCUCCGACACCAAGUACUUGGCCACCGUGCUCGCCAUUGGAACCGAGUGUGAUAUCGCGAUGCUUACAGUUGAUGAUGAUGAGUUUUGGCAAGGCGUAUCCCCUGUGGAAUUUGGGGACUUGCCUGCACUUCAAGAUGCCGUGACUGUUGUAGGUUACCCAAUUGGAGGUGACACCAUUUCUGUGACGAGUGGUGUCGUAUCACGAAUAGAGAUCCUGUCAUAUGUUUAUGGGUCAACUGAACUUCUGGGUUUGCAGAUAGAUGCUGCUAUAAAUUCAGGGAAUUCGGGUGGACCUGCUUUUAACGAUAAGGGUAACUGUGUGGGUAUUGCAUUUCAGUCCCUUAAACAUGAAGAUGUGGAGAAUAUUGGUUAUGUCAUACCAACACCAGUUAUCAUGCACUUCAUUCAAGACUAUGAAAAGAACGGCGCAUAUACAGGAUUUCCGAUUCUUGGGAUUGAGUGGCAGAAAAUGGAAAAUCCUGAUUUGCGCAAGUCUAUGGGUAUGAAACCUGAACAAAAGGGUGUUCGCAUUAGAAGAGUUGAUCCCACAGCUCCAGAAUCACAAGUUUUGAAGCCAUCUGAUAUAAUUCUCAGCUUUGAUGGUGUUGAUAUUGCUAAUGAUGGAACAGUACCUUUCCGACAUGGAGAACGCAUAGGUUUUAGUUACCUCAUCUCCCAAAAAUAUACUGGAGAUAGUGCUGCAGUCAGGGUCUUGCGCAAUUCUGAGAUUCUCAAUUUUAAUAUCAAACUUGGGACGCACAAAAGGCUAAUACCUGCACACAACAGGGGCAGACCCCCAUCAUAUUAUAUCAUUGCUGGAUUCGUUUUUACAGCAGUUUCUGUUCCCUAUUUCCGAUCAGAGUAUGGAAAGGAUUACGAAUACGAAGCUCCAGUGAAGCUAUUGGACAAACUGUUGCAUCAUCUUCCACAGUCACCAGAUGAGCAGCUUGUUGUAGUUUCUCAGGUUCUUGUGGCUAAUAUCAACAUUGGGUAUGAAGAGAUUGUUAACACCCAGGUUCUGGCUUUCAAUGGUAAGCCUGUGAAGAAUCUUAAGAACUUGGCCAGCAUGGUAGAAAGCUGCAAAGAUGAGUUUUUGAGAUUUGAUUUGGAAUACCAACAGAUUGUGGUCCUCCGAACAAAGACGGCAAAAGCUGCUACUCUAGAUAUUCUGGCGACACAUUGCAUACCAUCAGCCACGUCUGAUGACUUAAAGACAUGAAACCCAGUCCUCCAUGCCACCGAUCAUUUUCCUUUUGGCGUGUUGUAAGCUUUUGGAGUGGAAUAUAUCAAUAUGUACUCGGCAUACCAAUAGGUGCUCUGCGGGAAAUUGGUGAUUGUCCAAAGCAGGUAGGCCUAGGUACCUUCUUAGAUUUUGAUAUUUUUACGGUCCUUUAAAGUGGUGGAAAUAUGGAGAAUAGUAAAAUUGGGAGGUGGUCCUCAAAUUUUGGUACUUCCAUGAUGAGUUCCGUAGAGAUUUAUAGCACAUUGAUAAUUUUGGCCGCAGUGAAUGGAAAUUUUAUUGAAGAAAUUCUAUAUCCAGACAAUUUUUGCCUUUAGAUGCGUCAUCACAUCUUUCAUGCAUUACGCUUUAUCCAGAAACAUAUAUAGC